CUAGAACUGUCUGACACUUUUAUUUUAAUUUUUUAAUCGUAUGUCGAUGUAUUUUAUUCUCGGGAAAAAGCUUUUAGUUAUAGCUUGUGACAUUCUACAUUUUUUGCUAAUAUGCUACCAUAACCGCCGAGGGGCGCUACUAAAAACAGCGCUUUAACGGGAGAGGGGGCAUGUCGACGGGGGAGCAGACCUCGUCACAACACCGGUCUUGCAAGUUGGCUCAUUGAAAUAAUUCAUCCUGACUGUUCAGGUUAUAUUUCCGUCUGAUCGUAGUCCGCUGCUCCGUAUUGCCUGUAUUUCUACCAGACAGGGUCCAGUGGUUUGAUUUGUUGAUGAAGUUCGGCGAGCUCCGUGUGUCGUGGUCGGCUCAGGCGAACUCGCCUUUAACGGCUUGAGCCGAAGCUGCUGGGCUUCGGUUCUGACCCUGUUGCCGGGCUCAUCUGAAGUUAUGGUUCCAGCGGAAUCGGCCCCGGAAUUGUGAGGCAAGUGUGGAAGUGAAUCUGAAGGCGGACAACUGACUUCGCAGCGACUUCAUAGACGUGUUGAUUGUCGACGAGCUUUCUGAGUGAGUUUUGUUUCCUUCUCCACUGCCCUGCCACCCACAAAGGAAGAGCUACCCACAGGUGGCUUUGCUGUCUAUGUGAAAACUGUUGUUUGAAGACAUGAUGGUAUCAAGCUGCAACAGAUGGGUCUGACUGUGGUUUGUUAUCGCACCUGGAAAUUGAGGAAGUGAAGCAGAAGGAACUAGAACAACAAAAAUCUGUUUUCUGUCUGGUUUGGAUCAGCAGUGGUCGACCAUAUAACCGAAACGCUGUCCUGCGUCAAAGAAACCGGUAAAGUAAGAAGCCUGUACCUGGCCAGCAGAGUGUCCGAUACCAGGAUGUCCCCAUCAGUGUGCAGGCACUGAGCGGAGGCCAGCCACCUAGCAUGCAGCACUGGCCCAGUGUUGCCAGGAGGGGGCGCUGCUGACAGGGUUGGUGCUGAGUGCAAGUCUGCUGAGCCGGCCAUGGACGACUUUGCCACCAGGACGUACGGCACCAGCGGCCUGGACAGCAGGCCUCUGUUCGGGGAGACCUCGGCUCGGGAUCGAAUCAUCAACCUGGCAGUGGGUGGAUUCACGUCUGUGGUUGUUCUGGUGACUGUGAUCGGCUCAUUCGUGUUUCCCUCGUGGCCUCCACGGCCGCUUAACAUCUUCUUUGCCGUGUGCAUCCUGUUGGCCUGUGGAUCCACUAUAGUGCUGAUAUUCUGGUACCGGCAGGGCGACCUGGAACCAAAAUUCAGGAAUCUGAUCUACUACAUGCUGGCAUCCAUCAUGCUGCUGUGCCUGUGUGCCAACCUCUACUUCCAUGAUGUCAGGUAAAGAUGGGACCAGGAAGGAGGGAAGACCUGGCCUUGAAAGGUGGAAGUAGGCAUGGAAGGACUACAUGAACCAACAGUGGAAGAAACGUGACCAAAGAGAUAAACCUUCACACAAUAACCUGAAUGAAUUUGCCACUGGACCUGCAGAGGACUCUAGGACCAGAACCAGUUAGACCUGAUGGUUCCAGUGGGAUGAAAACUGCCCCGGUGCCGAAUCACACACACACACACACAGUGUCACAGCAUUCACAAUUUGGCGAACUGUAAGAGGCCACUGCACUGCUGGAGAAAGAACUUUGAAGAGACAGGUGUGUUUACAUGCACAGAAGCAUCUUUAUCUACGGUCGUAUCCUGAAGCACCUAAACUGACUGGAGAGCACAAUGGGUUUGAUGUGAUUAGGCUGCCCUUUUACUGUAGGUCCAAUCUUUGCAAUGUUAUGCUGAUAUGAAUUUGGUCAUUUGUUUUUUUUAUAUUUUUCGUUGCCCUUAAGUGGCUGAUUAACUGUCAGGGGAAAGUACUGUUUUCAGCUCUUGUCAUAUAGCAAUAUGUUAAGCAUGCCACAAAUUGGUUCAUUUCAGAUGCUCCUCUAAACUCCAAUAAAACGCAUCGCUUAACAACACGGGGCAGAUGGGUAGUGACAUAUUCACUGAGCUCCUCUCCUCUAACUCUGGUGGAUGAUGUUUUAACC